AUGUCCAACCACGUCGCAUUCUUCGGCGCAACAGGCGGCGUCACCAACGCGAUCCUCGUACACACUCUUCUGGCCGGCAUGCACGCAACGGCGCUGGUCCGGACCCCAUCCAAACUCCGAAAACAACUGGAAUCCCAGGGCCUCGACUCGGCGCUGCUCGAUUCGAAUCUGACCAUGAUCGAAGGGAACGCACUCGACGUCGCGAGCGUGAAAAAGACCCUCCUCGCCCACGCUCAAGGCAGUCUCCCACAAUACAUUGUGACCGGUCUGGGCGGCAGCCCAGCGCUCACCUUCAACUGGCGCCAUCCAGGACACAUCGCUACGUUGGAUAAUCCGACCAUCUGCGAGACCGCGGCCCGAACACUGGUCACAGGCCUGCGCGAAAUCUACGCCGAACAACCCGCCUUGAAAGCGCACAAGCCAUUGCUCACGUUCAUCAGCACGACGGGCGUCAGCCGCGGACCCGAGGACGUCCCCUUGGCGAUGCGCUUCUUGUACCACCAGUCCCUUGCGGUGCCGCACAAGGAUAAGAAGGCGAUGGAGAAUGUGUACCGCGGGGAGAUGGAGAAGGGACAGCAGGAAAGUGUGUUCAGGAACAUCGUCGGGAUCAGGCCGACAUUGUUGGCCGGCACUGUGAGUUAUACAGAUGCCGCGGGCUUGGAGGGAGUCAAGGUCGGCACGGAGAGUAAGCCGGCUUUGGGGUAUAGUAUCAAGAGAGCGGACGUGGGACACUGGGUCUUUGAGAAUGUGAUUAGUGACAAGGGCAAGGGCAAGUGGGAGGGCGAGAUGGUUUCGUUGACGAGCUAG